AUGAUAGUACACUUGGUAGACAAAUUUGCAAAACACUACUUCAAGCUGGAGAAUCGCCACAAGUAUAACACUCAACCUAAUGAAAACUCAUCGUCUUCUUCAUCGCCACUUCAUGCUUUUCACUCUCAUGUUUCCAAACAAAUUUCUCAAUUAGCAUUGGAAUUGAAACAUGAGUCAAAAACAGUGUCCUUAUCAUGGUUUCAAAGAUGUUUUGGCCUCUUGCCAAUCAUCAACAAAGCUUUUGCAAAACUUGUUAUGGACAUUGAUUAUCCAAUGAGUCAAUGGAAAGUGGAUUCCAUUGAAGGGUAUCUCAACUAUACUAUGAAUUUGUUAGAGCUUUUGAAUUCCAUUUCUUCUUCUCUUUCUCAUCUUUGCCUAAGGCUUUCUCUAGCUCAUGGUUUGAAUUUAACUUUGGUGGAGAAGGAGAAAUCACAUUAUUUAGCUAAAAAGUAUUUGAAAUCAAUUCAACCAUUAGGGUGUUUUAUCACCAACUUUAGUAAACAUUUUCACACACAAGAUCAUAAAGCACGUCUUUUGUAUGGUAAAGAGUGGAUCUUUCAUGAGGGUGUUAUGGAAAUCAAAGUAUUGGAUUUUGGGUAAUGUGGAGUUUUCUUACCUUGUGUAUAUGGUGAUAUUAAGCCAUACAUGGAACUAAGAAAAAUUGUUGGUGAGUUUGAAAGCUCUCUAGUUGCAACACUUGAUAUCAAAAUCAGUGAAAAGUUAGUGAAGAAAAAGUCGAGCUUUCGCGAGAUCAAAUAAAUAAAUGACGGUGUUGCUGAAGUUGUUGUUGCUGAAGAAGUAAGAAUUGAUGCAGCUAAAGAAUUGCAGAGAAAGUUGUGUGAGUUAGAGAAGCUAUUUGAUGAUAUAAGCAAGGAGUGGAUCAUUUGUUUGAUGG